GGGGCGGGACAGCUCCUAAUAUCGACUCUAAUACUGUCUAAUAAAUAUUAGUUUCCUAAUCUUCAGAAAAAAUCAAAGGGUUUUAGUUCUAGUAUGUCAUGACUUCCGCGAUUGAAUACUUCUGUCAAUGAAAUGGCGGACGCAAACACGGUUUGUAUAAACACAGUCUUAAUUUUUCCGUUUUAAAUUUACAAUCCGCUAUAUUUUUUUAGCAUCGGUAUGCCAGUUUCUGGCGAGAGAUUGAAUAUGUUGUAGGGGUAGUUCCAAAGCGAGUUCAAAGAAUCUUAGAGAUUGAAAACUACGCAGCAAGCUCAAGUAUUGGCGAUAUGAAGGAGCAAGACCUGGCUGAUAUUGAAGCGGAUUUUCAACACCUGGCGGACCACUACGCCACGCGGGUUACCGUUGAUGAUUACAACGAGAUUUACGGACCAUUCCAAAACAAUCCCGAAAGGUUCAAGCUUCUUAGCGGCGAAAAAAAGACCAUGAUGGCUAUUGCGAAAGCGGUUUCGCAACACGGAAUUGAAAAAUUUCUCGACGGUGUUUUCGAAAAACCAAACGCCAGGCUUAACGAAAGUGUGGAUGUGGUAGCCAAAAUAAAGGCUUAUUAUGCAGAAAGGCAAGCAGAUUCUGUAGAAUUCAAGCGGUUUUUUGAUGGACUAUCUAACUUGACCAUCCUUGACGUUACGCAUGAUGGAAUUAUACUGAACUGCGUAUUUUGUUUACCGAACAAACCGCAGAAAGUCCUAAGAUCUGGAAGUGGCUGGUUGAUCGGUAAUUUCGUAAAACACUGUGAAAAAUUUCAUUAUGCACUACCAGAAGCUGGACCAAAACGAAAACGGAAGCGCCGACAUGAAGUCAAUGCAACUAGCGAUGCCAGAUACUCCGGAGAUAAAUCCACUUCUGAUCCAGAUCUUCCGUUGUUCGAUGUCGACGAAUUUAUCGAAGCAAAUGAUACAAAUGCAAACAUGUCCGGUGAGGUUUGAAACUAUAUGCUGACGAAUUAAACUAGUUAAUAAUGUAUACCAUGUUUUGUUUGUCUAA